AUGAUGUAUCUAGUUGCUUAUGCAGUGGCUGAGAGUGAGAAUAAAGAAAGUUGGGCUUGGUUUGUAAAGAAUUUGUUUGAAUGUAUUAGCACAAGUGCAGAGCAUAGAUGGACCAUCAUCACUAAUCAACAAAAGGGACCGGUUCCAACUCUUGAAGAAUUGUACCCUGAAGGCCAUUAUAGGUUUUGUUUCAUACAACUUUAUGCAAACUUUAAAAAGGAGUUUAGAGGGAAGGAGCUAAAGAGUUGUGUAUGGAAAGCUGCAAAGGCAUAUACAAGGGUUGAUUGGGAGAAACAUAUGACUAAGUUGCAUAGUAUAGAUAGUAGAGCAUAUGAUUGGAUGAUGAGACUUAAUCCAGCUCAGUGGUGUAGGCAUGCAUUCAAUCCCAUAACAAAUUGUAAUAGAUUGUUGAACAAUAUUUCAGAGUCUUUUAACAGUUGGGUCCUACCAGUUAGAGAUAGAUCCAUUAUCACCAUGUUAGGGUGGAUCAAGAGGGCUUUGAUGGUGAGGCUUCAUGAAUGGGGUGCUCUAUUUGAAGUUAGAUAUGGAGUAAGAGGUUAUGUUGUCAACUUAGAGAAUAGGACAUGCACUUGUUUCAAGUGGGAUCUAAUUAGAAUCCCUUGUCCUCAUGUUGUGGCUGCUAUUUUCUUUCAAAAAGAGAGAGUUGAGGAUUAUGUGCAUGUGGCUUUCAAAAAAGAGACAUACUUGAGAACUUAUGAGGCACUGAUAAAUAUACUUAAUGGCCAAGAUCAGUGGCCUAAGACAGGUUCUGAGCCUUUUCUUCCUUCUAAUAAGUUGAAAAGGCCAACUAAUAGGCCUCAAAAGCAAAGAAUUAGAGACCCAGAUGAGCCUCAGAACCCAUUCAAGUUGCAGAGGAAGUGUACCAGCCUGAAAUGCUCCAAGUGUGGUGUACAUGGUCAUAAUCAAAGAACAUGGAAGGGGCCUGUCAAGGGUAAAAAUGAUGGAGCUGCAAGUUCAUCAAAGAAUGUUAGGAGUCGACAAACUUUCAUGAGAUUCAAAUCAGAUGCAAUAUCUGGGGAAGCAUCAAUUGGUAACCAACAGUAG